AUGGCAGCCAUGGCACCAGAUACGUCAAGCAGCGAAGACAGCGACGGUGACGUCGGUGACGUCUCCGACUUCGAAGCCCGAAUGGCUGCCUGGGAAGCCGACCAGGAUCAAAGUGACCUCGAAGUGGUCUUCGACAGGGCCAGCGAAGAUCAAGCGGAAGCCACCUGCCAGCGCCAGCAGCGCGUUUGGGCCUUGUUGGCAGAACGUUGGGCGAGCCCGGAGGAGGUGGAGGACUUGAAAAGGAUGAAGGAUAUCAUUGAUUCAGCGGCCACAAGCUGCGAGCUGGAUGACUUUGGAGAACUGGCGCGCAGGCCUGCUGCAGUUGGGCCCAAACUUUGGAUUGGAAGUAAAGCAGAUGCAGCUGAUGAGCAUUGGCUGGCGGAACAGCAGAUCCAGGCCGUGCUGAAUUGCACUGAAGAGGCACUAUCUCCACGGCGCCAGCAGAUUUAUGAAAGGCUGGGACUGGAAUAUAUGCAUCUUGCCAUGCAUGAUGAUCCGAGUGAAAAUCUGGCAGAGGCAGUUGAAGCUGCACGGCCCUGGCUGCAGCGGAUGAAGGAUCAACGGACACUGGUGCAUUGCUUUGUAGGAGGCAAUCGUUCAGUGGCAGUAGUCAUCUCGCACUUAGUGCUGGAUCAAGCUAUGGAUUUUUGGGAAGCGCUUGAAAUCGUGGCCGCAGCGCGCGGCCGAGUGCUAGGGAGCGGAUCCUUCCCACUGCAGUUGCUGCGGCUGUUGGUUCCCCAGCCUGAAGCUGACCUUCAAAAAAGGAGCGUGGCAGAGAUCAGCUGA